UAUGUAUGUAUAAUAGAUUUACGAACUAUUGUGCGUAGGCCUUUAAAGUAGAAGGUAAACAGUAAAAAUAGAACUUGUGAAAGAAGAAAAUGCAGGGUAUAGUCAGGAACAUUAGCAAGGCUUUCACCACCUGGAUAACCCCAGCUCAAGUUGGUAUUGAAGCGAAUGAAAAUUGUGAUAAUGAUUCACACUCAAAAGAUUCAUUAGAGGAUGAAAAUUUUACUGAAGAUGAAGAAAGCGAUAGUGACGAAGUGUCAUUAACAUUUGACACGGAUCCGUGUCCAAUGGUAACAACUCCUGUUGAUGCUACUUCAAGCAAUCUGGUUAUACCUUCUGACAAUAAUACAAAUAGUUUGGAUAAAAGUUCUAUGAUUCGAAAAUUUGAUGAAAUUUUUAAAAAGGAGCUGCGAAUUAUUUUGGAGCGUGUAAACGAAUGCAAUAAAUGUUUCGAUGCACCCGAAGAACUCUUUGUUCAUUUAGAAGUUGAGCAUUCCAGUAUUUCUAUAUUCAAUUGUCAUUUGUGUAAAAUUCUAAGUUAUUCACCAGAGGAGCUUAUUUUGCACUAUGAAGAGCAUGGAGACUGUAAGUAUCAAUGUGUUAACUCUAAAACCAAUACUCACAGUCAUAUUAGUCCUCAGCAAUCACAAUGCAUCCAGGAGCCUGUUCUGCUUGAAAAAAGUUCACCGCAGCUUACCAAAUUAAAAAGUGACAUCGAUCAGCUACUUCUCUUAAAUCCAGACGAGCAUUAUUCGUGGUGCUCGGAUUUAAUUGCAUUCAUUAAUUUACCUGAUGAAUCAUUGGAUUCUAAUUUUAAUAAGUCUAAAAUCGUGCCGGACUCAACCUCUGUCGAAGAUGUAAUUGUCCCAGAAUCUGUACUCACUAAUUCUUCGUCAUCCUUGGAAAAGCAAGAAAAGAUUUUCGAUAAAAUAGUCAAUUUCGCAAGUAGUUCCCAUCAAAAUGAAUGUAAGGAGGUCAAACAAAAAGAGACUGUUAUUCAAACCGAUGAAAAGACAUUGCCAAAAUAUGUUCCCGAAAAUAAACGAUUUGUUUGUGGCUUUUCCAAGUGCUCUUAUUUAAGUGUUAAUGAAAAUACGUUACGUUCUCAUUUAAAAACUUUACACUCGGAUGAACAAUUUUUCAAAUGUACACAUUGUAAAGAGCAAAAAUUGCAGGCAGAUAAUAUUUCAAUGGAAAGAAUGGGAAUUCAUUUGAAGAUGCACGAUUCGAAACUCUAUAAAUGCUCCUACUGUAACUAUUUCCAUUAUAAACGACACAAGGUAGAUCGUCAUCUUGAUAAACAUGUAGACCAUGUAGACAAUAAAAGACCAUUUGUUGAAGUUGUUCGAGAAUUUGAAUCGAAUAAAUCGUCCCUCGAAGAAAAUAAAAAUAACACACCAAAUCCAGAAGAAAAUCUUUGGAAAUGCAACAAUUGUGAUUAUCAUUGUGUUUACAAAGCAGAAAUACUUGCACACGCCUCAAAUGAACAUAAUGAAAAAAAUCAAUUUAAAUGCACCGCUUGUUCAUAUAAAACAAAUAUUCAAAUUGGAUUGGAUUGGCAUUUAAUUUCCAAACAUCCCUAUGAGCCUGAGGCCGAUUUUCAAAUGGUUUAUCAAAAAAUUGAGGGUACAAAGAAAUUUAUCGAUUUAAACGAACAUCAAGGAACUUCUGAGGAAUCGUUCGAUUCGUUGCCACUCUGGCGAAGAGAUUUACCACAGACUAAACAUAUUCGAAGUAUUCUUAAUAAAGACGAUUCACAUCUUGAGAUUUCUGGUUCUGCAGUAUUAACUCCCGAAAAUUGUAAAAAAAGAAAAAGCGAUUCCGACUUGCCGAGUAAAGUAGCAAAAAUAAAAUUGGAUGAGUCAAAUGAACAGAAAAUUGGUAAAUUUGGUCCUUAUGGGAAUCCCGAAGAAGAAUUUUAUGUGUGUCCAAUUUGCAAAAAAGGAAAAGAAUAUAGGACAAAACACAAACAGAAUAUGAAAUUUCAUCUGUUCAAAGAUUUAAAAUAUUUCAGAUAUGAGUGCCUUAGUUGUAUAUAUGAGUCAGUUAACGUGUAUUCGAUGAAGAUUCAUUGCGCAAGAGGAAAUGAAAAAAAACACAGGGGAAAAGUUUCCAAUUUCGAAACUUUACCCAUAAACGACGAAAUUGAGGAGUGGGUUCAUACUUUAUUAGAGCGUCAAGGGGAAAAAAUUCAAAAAUACAAAAACGACAAAUCUGAAAUGGAUAAUAUUAAUGAGAAUUGUGAUAAAAGAGAUUAUGUCUUUAAAUGUAAAUAUUGCUGGCACGAAUUCCCAAGUAAACGUGGAGUCAAAAUACACGUAACGAAACAACAUUUGAUGAAAUAAAACACAAAAACGAUGUAUAAUACAAAUGCACUUAUUGUGUUCCUAUUUUUCACUUGACGAAUAAUGUGUAAUAUAUUAUACAAUUUAUAGAAAAAAGUGAAUUGUUUUAAAUUUACAACGUAUAUUUUAAUUAUGUAUGUAUUUUACAUGUUUACAAAAACUUUAAACUUGAAUCUGUGUUUAAAGAUUAAAAAUGCGAAGAUUAUUCUUUUUUUUCA